AUGUUAUUUUCUUUUUGCCUACCUCUCUUUCUUUCUUUUUUUUUCUCACUCUUACUCUUUCUUUCUCCAUUCCUCUCAUCUAUUUGUCUUGUCUUUUUCCUUGACUUAACUUUCUCUUUUCGUACAUUUUCCCCUUCUACAUUUGUUCGCUGCUUUUGUCUUCUUCCUCUCUUUUCUAUUAUUCUCGUCUUUCCAAACCUUUCUUCUCUCUUUUUCGCCGCAGAUCUUUUCUUUUCUUUCUCGCCCUCCUUUAUUUUUGCUUUUUCUUUUUCACUUUCAUUUCUCUUUUUUAAUUCCAUUCAAAAUUCCCAUCUUGUAUUAUUUGUCCUUUUACUUCUUGCUUUCACUGUGCAUCUCUCUUUCCCAUUCUUUCUCUUUUUCUGCCUUUUUAUAGUCUUUCAUUCAUUCUUUCUUUCUUCCAUCCUUUCUCUUUUCUUUCUCUGCAUCUAUUGUCUGUACCUGAUCUUUCAUUCUUUCUUUCUUUCUUUCUUUCUUUCUUUCUUUCUUUCUUUCUUUCUUUCUUUCUUUCUUUCUUUCUUUCUCCAUGAAAAUAAACCUUCUAUCUAUCUAUCUAUCUAUCUAUCUAUCUAUCUAUCUAUCUAUCUAUCUAUCUGCCAUAGUCUGAAUAUAUCUACAUAUCUGUGUCUCUUUCCCAUCACUUAUAUUAUGUUAUAUGUAAGCUAA